AUGAAAAAGAUAGCUGAAGGAAACAAGAAAAGAAAUCUUAAGGAUAAAGCUGAUAAGUGGAGAAACCUGCAACUUAAAAAAGUCUCAAAGAAGAAACAGACCUUAUAUAAGAAGAAACACCACAAAGAAAAUGAAAGUAGCAGUGAGGAUGACCUAAAUCUGGACUUGCAGAACAUUUGUGAUGAUGAUGAAAUGGAUGAUAUUGAUCCAUUGGCGAUUUCAGAUGUCUGUUUAGUUUGUGGAGAGUUUGUGAAAGAUGGAGAACUAUGGUACCGAUGUAUUUCUUGUAGCAGAUGGAGUCAUGAAGAAUGUAGUGGUUGGAACACUCCAAAAGGUUACAAGUGCGAUCUUUGCUGUAUGAGGAAAUGA